CUACACUGGGAGCUGUGUUUGGCUUAACUACCUGCCUCAGUGCCCAAAUCCGAGAGGAACCAGAGGAUCCUUUGAACUAUUUCAUAGGAGGCUGCGCAACAGGAGCUGUCUUAGGUGCAAGAGCUCACAGUUACAUGACUGGUACCACUGCAUGUUUGGGGUUUGGAAUUACUGCUGCUCUAAUGAAGAUCGGUAACAAGGAGGGCUGGAGGCUGACGGGACCUCCCAAGCUGUAAAUGUAGCCUUUCAUCCCUGCGAGCUGUCUUUUGAAUGCUGUAUGUAAUAAGACGUUGUGUAAUAAAGAUACUGUCAAAUCAACAGUUUUCAC